AGUCCUCGUUUCGAACAAAGGAAAAACAUAAAACAUUACAAAAUUACAACACAGUCCUCUGAAGAAGCAGUUAUUAUACAGUUCUAGUUCAUGCUAGAGCUAGACCCAUCGUUACUUGCACGGUAACGCGGCCUCUUCCGCGCCUCCUCUCCCCCUGAGGCCUGAGCCGGACACACACCUCCCUCGAAAACCCUAGCGCCGGCGGCGGCCAUGGCGUCCGCCGCGCCGAAACGGUGCUACUACGAGAUCCUCGGGCUCUCCCGCGACUGCUCCCCGACCGACAUCAAGCUCGCGUUCCGCCGCCUCGCGCUCUCCCUCCACCCCGACAAGCAGGCCCCGGGAUCCGACCUCGCCGCCGCCACCGCCGCCUUCCAGGAGCUCCAGCACGCGCACUCCGUGCUCUCCGAUCCCCAGGAACGCGCCUACUACGACUCCCACCGCUCCCAGAUCCUCUUCGCCGACCCCGUCUCCUCCCGCUCCGGCUCCGCCUCCCCCGUCCCCGACCUAUUCUCCUUCUUCUCCACCUCCGCUUUCUCGGGCUUCUCCGACUCCGGCCGCGGAUUCUACAAGGUCUACGGUGACCUGUUCGACAAGGUGUUCGCGCAGGAGGUCACCUACGCCCGCCGCAUGGGCAUCCCCACCGACUCCAUCCCCACGCCGCCGGUCAUCGGCAACCUCGACUCCCCUUACACCCAGGUCACUGCUUUCUACGCCUACUGGCUGGGGUUCGGCUCGGUCAUGGAUUUCGGGUGGGCGGCCGAGUGGGACGCUGCCCGUGGGGAGAAUCGCCGUACCCGGAGGCUCAUGGAGGAGGAUAACAAGAAGGCGAUGCGCAAGGCUCGCCGGGAGUAUAACGACGCUGUCAGAGGGUUGGCUGCCUUCUGCAAGAAGAGGGAUAAGAGGGUGGUCGACAUGGCACUGCAGAAGAAGGCAGAGGAGGAGAAGAAGAAGAAGGAAGAGAUGGAAAGGAAGAAGGCAGAGGAGAGGAAGAAGAAGGAGCGAGCCAUGACGUAUCAGGAGCCUGAGUGGGCGAGGGUGAACGAGGACGAGAUAGUGUUUGAGGAAGAGGAUGAUGAGGAGAUGAUGGCAAAGAGGAAAGAGGAGCUGUACUGUGUGGCAUGUAAUAAGAAGUUCAAGUCGGAGAAGCAGUGGAAGAACCAUGAGCAGUCGAAGAAGCAUAAGGAUAAGGUGGCUGAGCUGAGGAUGGCCUUUAAGGAGGAGGAGGAGGCUCUAAAGGAGGCCGAGGCGGCGGCGGGAGGCGAGUGGGAAGAAGUUGAUGUGGGGUUUGAUUUUAAGCCUGCAAAUGAGUCAGACGAGAGUGAUUGGUCAGAUGCUGCAGAAGAGUUGGCUGAGGAGUUGGAUGUGGGAUUGGACGUGGGGAAUGAAGAGGAUGGUGAUAAGGACUUCGAUAGUGGGGAGCCGGUGGUUGGUUCAUAUGAGGGAUUGGACGUGGGGAAUGAAGAGGAUGGUGAUAAGGACUUCGAUAGUGGGGAGCCGGUGGUUGGUUCAUAUGAUGAGACUAGUGUCUUGGAGGCGAUGUUAUCAAGCCGAAAGAACAAGAAGAGUGGUUAUGUAGUUCCUCAAGAGGAAGUUCCACCCUCUGUUUCAGAGGAUGAUAACGCUGAUGAUACAAGUUCUGCAGUUAAUACUGUCAAGAAGAAAGGACGCCGGAGACGAGCAUCAAAGAAGGGACAAGAUGAUGUUAGUUAUGCUGAAAAUGGGCAAGGAACGAAGACUAAUGUCCCCCACGAGGAAUCUGGGCAUGAUAAUGAUGAACAUGGCGUUGACGAUAAGAUGGAGGGUCCACCCUCCUCUAAUGAUGACGGCCCAAUGGCAAGCAAAGGAGAUGAACAGAAAGGAAUAAACGACAAUCCUAAAAAGAACAAAAGGAACAAGAAAGUUGCAGAAAAGAAACCAAAUGUUUCUGCUGACCAAAAGAACGCAUCAAAGGGAAAGAAGCAAAAGGAGGUCUCGAAGGCACACGGCAAUGAUUGUGAAAUGUGUGGAGAUACUUUUGAUUCAAGGACGAAGCUGUUUUCUCACUUGGAAGAAACUGGUCACGCCGUCAUCAAGACACGACAGAAAAAACGUUAAGGCCAGCAACAUAUAGGUUUUUUGAGCAACCUCCCCCCGGUUGAUGCUGCUAGAUUAGCAUGCUGAUAAUGAAGUGUCAUGCAAUUCUUGUAAUUUCUCAUCUUCUUUUGGGUGCCUCCACACAUGAGGUUUUGACCUCCAAAUGCUCCAGUGUAAAUGAGUGUCUGUACCCCAAUUUAAAUUAAUAUCUGUAGCAGUAGAUCUUCCUUUACAUUCGUUUUUAGAAUGACAACUUGACUGUUUGCUGAAAUAACAUCGGCGCCUGUCAUUCUUGUAAGUUUUCUUCUCUUCGAUGGUGGCAUGUUAUUUUGCCUGCAAAUGCUCCUGUGUAAAGUUUACAAACCAGCGGCACAUUAUACUGUUGUUUUUGCGUCA